UGCCGUGUUCAGCGCGGGGGGAACGCCAGUCAGUGUGUCGCUGGUACAGUCGUCGUCAUCGUCGUCGUCGUCUACAAGCACGUGCCACUCGCUUAUUAAUCGAAUUCGUCGGUCGGUAAGUGGUCGCCGGGCACGAGAGAUCGAGUCUGAUGUCUAACUUCGGCGAUAUGGACAAGUUUCGGUGGUGGAAAAGCGCAGCGAUGAUCUUGAUAUUCAUCUUGGCGGUCCUGCCGUCUCCGUUGGCGACUGGUUCUAAUACUUGGCAGAAACCAGGUUGCCACAAAGUAGGUCACACGAGGAAGAUCAGCAUACCCAACUGCGUGGAAUUUCCCAUCACGACCAACGCGUGCAGAGGGUAUUGCGAAUCAUGGGCGGUGCCGUCACCGGCGGACACGGUAAUGAUCAACCCGCACCAGCGUAUCACGUCCGUUGGCCAGUGCUGCAACAUCAUGGAUACUGAGAACGUCGAAGUCAACGUCCGUUGUCUGGAGGGCGUGAGAAAACUGGUGUUCAAAUCUGCAUUGAGCUGUUCAUGUUACCACUGCAAGAAGGAGUGAUUUUUAUUUUCUCGUUGAGCAUUUCACCACACCACGGAGACACAGAAUAUUUUUUAUUAGAAUUUUUAAACAUCAACAAAUGCCUUUAUUACUAUAUAACACGAGUACUCUAUAGUUACCUUAAUCGUAAUUUAUAACUCAUAAUAAUUAUUGAUUAAUACCAUUAAUGCUGUACCUAUAAUAACACUAUAAAUAUACUUCGUUUAUAUACAGUUCGACACUCGAUGUCGAGUCCGAAUAUCAUAAUUCUACCCUAUAGGUAUUAUAUAGUUAAAUGCACAUUGUAGAUCUGGAUUAUUAGUUUUACUACCUAUAAUUACGGUUCAUAAUAUUAUAAAUAAAAUUAUGAUUAGAAGUGUUUGAAUGAUAACGGUUCUUUUUUUUGUUUAAUAAAUUAAAAAACUUAAACCGAAA